UUUAAAAUAAACUACCAGGAAGAGGAUGUGCAGAAUUGGAUAUUUGUAAAUUAAAGAUAAGCAAUAUCAUUAUCCAAAAAUAUCACAAAUAAACCAAUGAAAUUAACGAAAUUUAAUAAUUCGAAUUUAAAGCUUAUAACAAAAAAUUAAUAAUAAAAUAAGAAAACAUAAUUAAAAUGGCAAAAGGAGCAACAAAGGGAAACAAGGGAGCCAAGAAGGCUGGAACACCAAGUCAAUUAUUUAAUUUAUUGUAGAAGCUACAAAGAAUGUUAAGAAAGUCACUAAAAAGACCACUGAUGCUACUCCAGCACCAGCCCCAGUGACAACUACAACACCUGCCCCUACCACCGCAACACCAGUUGCUGCAACAACACCCAAAAAAUAAGGAAAGCAAGCAGCUAAACCAAAGCAAGCAACUAAAAAAGUCACAAAGAAGGCUCCCAAAAAGGAUAGCAAGAAAUAAGCCAAGAAAUGAUUAGUUAUUCAAGAAUUAAUCUAUUAAUUAGAUAUUAAAUA